AUUUCUUUUCAUGUAAAAAGUUCAGACUUUUCAUUGUUAGGGACAGCGUUGGAUGAAUUGGUUGGUGGACAGUGGAUGGACUUGAACAUUUUUAAAAGAUGAAAUUUUAAAAUUGCGAUAUUUAGUCAUUUGUGAAGCUGAUUAAGUAAAUCAAAUUCAAAAAAAAGUUUUAAGCAUAUAAUGAAUCACAACCCUGCCAGCAAUAUACACAUAUCCCAUACAAUGGAAGAAAAUAAGAGCAGCAACAAGAAAAAAAAGAAUGCAAAAAAGUGAUGCUGAUAAAGAUAACGACAACAGACAUAAACAUGGAGAGAAGAGUUCACAUGAUGCUCAAAUGAAUGAGAAAGAAUACAAUAAGAUGUAUGAUGAUAAAUUGGACGUUACAUUUUAGAGUGAAAUUUAUGCUCA